AUGUCACUCUCUCAAAGCUCAUUCAGUUAUCUCCACCAUCCAGCCACCUUAAUUGCAGGAUGCUUUGGUUUGCUGGCUGUAGUGCUCUCCAUUCUCUUGAUUCUCCAACAUCUUAGAUCUUAUACCAAUCCAGCGGAGCAAAAGUGGAUUGUAGCUGUUUUAUUCAUGGUUCCUGUUUAUGCAACAGAGUCAAUUUUAUCACUGUGGAAUCCAAGUUUCUCCCUGGCAUGUGACAUCCUAAGAAACUGCUAUGAAGCAUUUGCACUUUAUUCUUUUGGGAGUUACUUGAUUGCAUGCCUUGGUGGUGAACAGAAAGUCAUAGAACUGCUGGAAGAUGAAUCAAGACAAAUGAAAGAGCCAUUACUAGAAGGUGAGGAGAAUCCUGAGUCAAAAGGAAGAAGAAUUUGCAAUUUCAUCUUCCAGCCUUGUGUGCUUGGGAAGGACCUUCUUAUAACAGAAAAAUUUGGUCUAGUACAAUAUAUGAUUUUGAAGACUGUUUGUGCAUUUUUAGCUCUUAUCCUUGAGCUCUUUGGAGUGUAUGGUGAUGGGGAGUUUAAGUGGUACUACGGGUACCCAUAUUUUGCAGUGGUUUUGAACUUCAGUCAGAUGUGGGCAUUGUAUUGCCUUGUUCAGUUCUAUAAUGUAACUCAUCAAAGACUUCAGGCAAUAAAACCCCUUGCAAAAUUCAUUAGCUUCAAGGCAAUUGUUUUUGCUACAUGGUGGCAAGGAGUAGGUAUUGCAUUGUUGUGCUCUUUUGGUUUUCUGCCAAGGGAGGGGAAGUUUCAGACAGGGCUGCAAGAUUUUUUGAUCUGCAUAGAAAUGGCCAUUGCAGCUGUCUCUCACAUGUUCGUUUUCUCAGCCAAGCCUUAUCAUUUUAUUCCGGCUUCUGAGCACGGGAAAAUUACCUCCCAGAAAACAGAAGCAGUGGUGAAGAUAGAAGAAGACGGUGAAGUAAAACCAACUAUUCUUGAAAAGACAGAAACCGAGGUAGAGGCUGCUGGAACAAGCGUAAAAGAAAGUGUCCAGGAUAUUGUUGUUGAAGGAGGUCAAAAGGUUGUCAAGGAUGUCGUCUUGACCAUAAACCAGGCAAUCGAACCUGUAGAAAAGGGUGUGAUUAAAAUUCAGGAAACCUUCCACCACACAUCAGUUUCAUCCAAUGACAACAAGGAAAAGCCAGAAGUAAAGGUUGAAGAACAUGAGCAGAAUGUCAUGAGCGGCGGAUAAGUAUAAAUUUGUAGUUCAUAACCGCACUAACUGUGUAUCCACCUUUUUAUUUGUAAGUGUUCGACGUUUCAAAGUUCUUUUGUACAAAGCAGGGUGCCGAAAUGAAGGAAAGCUUUUACUAC